CAACACUGGCCCGUCCCCUAGUCUCUAAUUUCAUAACCUUUGCAGCAGUUUGUUGUAGAAGGUGAACCUCUAAUCUUUAGAAAAGAAUGGCAGCUCUUUUGGCUCGAUUGCGGAAUUCGUGUAUUUUUAAAGGAGGUUCAAGCAUCAUUCGUUAUGAGACAAAGGAACGUCAUCCUCUUAGUACCUCUCUUCGUAAGGUUGGAAGCUCAUCAGAGUCAACUUCGACGGAAAAGAAAAGUUGGGUGAGCUAUGGCUUCAAUCGCAAGGAUGAAUUCGCUGAUCGUGUGGGCAUGCACAUGACAUUCUUUUGUGCGAUAACGAUGGUUUUCAUCGUCGGAGGGACGAUAAUCGCCUAUUGGCCGGAUCCAAAAUUACGUGACUGGGCGAUCAGAGAAGCGCAUUUACAACUUCGUCGGAGAGAGGAACUUGGUUUGCCACUGAUCGAUGCCAAUUUGGUGGACCCUUCCAAAUUUGAACUGCCAACUGACGAAGAGCUGGGUGAUAUUGAGAUAAUCAUAUAAAUUUGUAAUCCUGAAGUCACGCAAUCAGCUGGUAGUAGUAAUGUAUUUCUUAUGUUCAAAGUACUGCAGUGAUAAAGAUGAACUACUACAUGUGCAUUAUGUACUGUUAUAAAAAAACAUUUAUAAAUAUGUUUUCAACUUAAAUGUAAGUCAUCUUAUUCAUAUUAUAUGACUCCAGUAACAUUCUUUUGUAUAAACAAGUCAAACAUUUAAUUGGUGUCGUUUAUUAAAUUGUCCAAAGAAUUAUUGUUGGUUUUGCUGUUUUUAAAUAAAGAAGUUUUUCUUCUGUGUCUGUUAUAUAUUAUUUUAAAGUACAGAUAUUGUGAUACAUGUAGGAUUUUAUUAUCUUAUAAGAAUACAAGGAGAUUAAUAUAAAUUAAAUGGUGAAAUAAACAGAGAUAACGGUGCCACGGCUUGUCUGUUUCUCUGUAUCUGUACACAUUGUUUUGUUGAUUGCCCCAGGCAAUGCAUUUCAGGAAAGACAUCCACAAAAGUGUUACUGGGUGUCUACCAAUUCCUACAUUCAGCCAUUCUUGUGUUUUCAUUCUCGAAGACUUUUCAGGAUAUAUCUUUACAUAAUCGGUGACCAUCGUCGUAAUUUUAGAACCUUUACUCUCCGUUACUGUAAUAACUUUGUAUCUACUGUUAUCUUGAAUACACGAUAUUCGAUAUGGUCCUAA